AUUUGAUUCUUCCUUCUUCUUCACAAUGAGCCGAUCUUUCUCCUUCGCUCUCAUUUUCUACCUCUUCCUCCAUUAUCGUAUUAUCGUAGCUUCACAAUUCGAAGGAUUUGAUGCUGAAGAAGACGAUGUUUCCGACGAUUCCUCUCACCUUCUUCACCACUCCCUCCCUCCGCCUCUUCUCACUCAGUCUCACUCAUCACUCUCCGAUCUGGAACUGGAACCGGAACCGGAAUCUUCUUCUGCCGAAUCUAACUCCGAUCUCAUCACUGAAUCAGAUCCAGAGCAUGAAUCCGAUUCGAGAACUCCCUCGUCUACGCCAUUUGAGUACUGGGACGAAGACGAGUUCGAAGGACUACCGAUUGAGAUAGAGACACUUGAAUCUCCAUUGAUUGCAGAAAACACAACUCAUGCUGAUCCAAAGACGCUAGAUCUCAUGACUUCAUCGGAACCUCAAGAAGAUACUACUGAUCAGAUGAAGAAGAAGAAGUCGUAUGCGGUGGAGAUCGCUUGCGUCGUUUUCUUAAUCGCUCUCGCAGUCAACUACUUUGUUGGUAAACGUGAGAACGAGAGUCUCGCUUUAGCUUGGGCGGCGAAAUUCGCUUCCAAGGAUACAAUAUUCCAGAAGAAUUUUAGUUUGCUUGGAGUUAGUGAAGGAGAGGAUUCACCAUUGUUGUUAAAAGAAGCGUUAAAUGUGUUUAAAUUCUACGCGAGUGGUCGUAGGUAUUGCCAUGGAUUGUUAGCUACUAUGGAGCUUAAGAGUAGACAUGAUUUGAUCUCUAGGAUGUUUAAUUUGGUGGUUCCUUGUAAAGAUGAGAUCACUUUUGAGGUUUAUAUGAAUGAAGAUACUAUGGAUAAUGUUGUGUUUGCUAUGGCGAGGAAAAAGGCGGCGAAAACUAUGCAAAAGGAGAUGAGGGAUUUGCAGAGAUUCACUGGGAUUGUGUCUCCUCCUGCUGGGAGGAAAUGGGUGUCGGAGGAGUUAGCUGUGAUUUCUGAAUCUAAGGAAGUUGCUGUGGAUAUGAUCACUGACACUGUUCUUGAUCAGGUUUUUGGUGACAAGGCUGUGGAUAAGUAUGGGAAGAAUUUCAUGUCGAUGCAUAUAUCUGACCAACACCCUGGCAAGCACAAGAAGAUGAUGCUUUUCAAGUUUUCCUUACCCGAUGCUAAACAUAUGGAUGAUAUUGUCCGUUUGGUGUCGCUAAUUCCAUAUUACAUCGACUUAGUAGGUCGAUACAGACUCAGCUCCCAGGCGCGGAACAAAACUGAGAGUGGUAGGCAAAAGGCAGCAGAGGAAGCAUACAAGGAACUUCAGAACGCGAGGCAAGAGGCAUUGCAGAAGAAGAAAGCAGAAAAGAAGAAAAUGAUGGAGGAAGCGGAGGCAAAGCUGAGCGCAGAAGUGAUAAGGAAGAAAGAGGCAAAAGAAAGAGCAAGGCAGGUGAAAAAGGCAGUACCAAAAAUGAAGAUGAGCCGUAGUCACUAGCUAAAAGUUUAUCAAAGAGAGCCAUCCAAAAUGUAUUCGUUAAAAUCACUCUCCAAACUCAAAAAGCAUAGAAAACAUCGGCACGUGUUUUUAACAGUGGAUGACUGCUUUUGCUUCAUAAUACUCUCCCUUAAAGUACCACUUUUGACUUAUAAUGUAGUUUUUGAUGUUGUGGUGGAAAGUCCUGUGAGAGCUUUGUAUAGU